AUGGAUAUCUUCAAGAGACACGGAGAUCACGGACACGAAGAAAAGAAACACGGUCAUGGACACCAGACUGAAGAUGGAGCGAGACAGCACUUCCUCGCUUGCCUUUACUGGUACGUCCUUGCGACGCUGCUAAUAAUAGCUUCUAUCUCACAUUUGGUCUCACUCUUUGUUGCUAAACAAAGGCUAAAGAGAAGGGAUUUGGGGGCCAGUUCAGAUACCGCGAUUUCUACCAUUGAGAGAUUGAUCGAUACACCAAAGAACCUCACAUCAAAACUAAUUGGACACCCCGCCUGGUCUGCGACUCUCCCGCUGCGCAAGACAAUCGUUGUUGUGGCAUAUGCUUCGUUCAUCGCAUUUCUCAUCACAUACAAGUCCAUCAAACACGACGGCACUUUUCACGAGCGCAUCGCCUUUCGCGCAGCAUGGAUCACAGCAACCCAGACCUCCCUACCCUUUCUCCUCGCAGUGCGCGUCAAUCCAAUUGGUCUUUUACUGGGAACUUCAUACGAGAGGAUCAACUGGUUCCACCGAUGGGCCUCAAGAGUCUUCUUCGCCAGCGCCACCAUCCACGGUGGCUUUUUCACCUACGAGUGGCUCGUAGCCAACUUCUUCUGGACCGAGAUUAAAACCGUCAAGAUGGUUCUCCCCGGCAUCGCAGCCUGGUUCAUCCUAGCCUGGACCGUCGUCUCAACAAUUCCAUUCUUCCGUCGCAUAAAAUAUGAGCUCUUUGUCAUGCAACACAUCAUUUCUAUCGUGCUACUCUUGGUAUUCCUGGUCCUUCACGUUCCAGACCACCACCUUUUCAGCAUCUGGUGCGCCGUGGGCGUCUUUGCGUACGACGUGGUGACACGCUCGGCAAACCCCAUCUGGCGGAACCUACGGCUACGUGUCUCGGCGAACCCUUCUGUGCGAUAUACUCACGACGCCCAAGUCGAAGCUGUAGACUCAGAGUUGACCGUUAUGACGGUUCGAAAUGUUGGGUUCAAGUGGAUCCCUGGACAGCAUGUUUUGAUCUGGUCGCCGACUUUUAGAUGGGAGACGCCGCAUCCGUUUACUAUUACGAAUAUUCCUGAUUUGCAGACGAAAACGCAGGACCUUCAAUUGACGAUCAAGACAAAGACGGGUUUGACGAGGGACUUGAACGACUGGGCAAGAAGGACGGGGUUGAGAGGGGAUACUGGGGGUUUGCGCGUGAUGGUAACGGGUCCAUUUGGAGCGGUGCCGAAUUGGAAGCAGUAUGAGAAUUUAGUUCUCGUCGCUGCAUCGACUGGAGGAUCAUUUACGACGCCAAUUCUCGAGGAUCUACUCUCAUCUCAAUCUCCAGGGUGCAUCCACACCAUCAGCGCUCUGUACAUUGUGCGCCACACAGCCCAUGCCAAAGUGUACCUCCAACGGAUAACCCGCCUACUCUCACGCGCCAAAGAGAUGGGUAUCUCGACAAAGAUCCAAGUCGCAGUGACGAGAGGACCCAACACUGUAUCCGAAGCCGUUCUCCAAGAUGAAAGUCGCGAGCGAUUAAUUGACCCAGAAACAGCAAGGGGGCCUAGUGUCGAAUUGGAGCGCUUCUCAAUUGACUCUGCGCGAUCGUCGGAGAGUGCGAAGGAAAAUCAGCUGUUGAAGGAAGAGGUGGAUAUGGAUCUAGAUGGGGCGUAUGCCUCGGUUAUUGAACACACCGAUGGACGGCCUGAGAUUGCGACGUUUGUAAGGACUGCUGUUGGGGAUGUGCCAGGGAAUGUUGCUGUUGCUGUUUGUGGAGGAGAAGCUAUUGAGAGGGCAGUCAAGAUGAGUGUUGCGUCGUUGAGAAGAAGGAAUGGGAUUGACGCUGGUGAUACCCUGUUCAAUCUUGAAACGACACCCUCAAAGGGCAACAUCCUGUCCCUAACAAUGAACAACGCCUUUGACGCCAAAAACUCCUGCUUUGUAUAUACAUGGAACAAUACUGUCUUUAACGACUAUGCUCCAGCACCGCCUGGCUACAAGAUCUUCAAUUCAAAGUUCCAAGUCUACAAUUUUCAUCAAGCUCACACAACUACAUCAAGCUCACACAACUACACCACAUCGCUCAGCAUGUGCUACUUCACAAUUUACCACUUCACCCGCUGCCACACGCAGCGUCGUGUCAUCAUCAACCCCGUCACAGGAGCAACAGCCUACCACCCUUUCGAACUCCCACCUCCCUGCCACCACCGCUCCAACGAACGCCUUCGUCUCCCCAAGGACCCCAACGCCACAGUUCCGUGUCCGGUACACGGCCCUUGCUGUCAGGCAGGCCAAGUCCUCGUCUGCGAAGGAAGAGACGACCCCAAAGCCAGAUGCAAGGGAUGGCAGGCCAACCAUCGCAUCCUGGAGCCCGAAAUGCUGGAAUUGUUCGACUCAAAUCUGCAUCCUAUUACUUCAAAUGACUGGAGAAUUAUGAGCAUUAACUCGGAUGAGUUUGCGUACGAGGGGGAUAUCCGACGGGAGUUUUUUGAUGCUGGUGCCAAGAUGUGGGAGCUUUGGAAUCGGGGACAGGAGAUCAUUGAUAAUAUCUCACAGAGCCAGAGUCAUCCUUUUGGUGCCAAGAUCGAGAGGGAGGAUGUUUUGGACCAUGGGGAGUGUUAUUGGAAUUGGCUGGUUGCGCGAAAGGAGUUGCUGCAGUUGACGGAAGCGUGGGAGGAUCUCGCCAGCGUGGGAUGUAUGGAAGUAUGUCCCUCGAAACUCCUUGCUGUACAUCCGUGGAUGAAGUACGCUUUUCACGGGUGGAAUGAACGACAACCUGUCGAUUUCCCUCAAUUCCGCGGUAUUCCCUUUCGGUUUGUGAAGAAUUUGGAACGUCAAAGGGACAUUCUUCGAUGGCAUCCCUACUACGCUCGUCGGGAUAUGCCUUCGACACCCAACUUGGUUGAGAGUCUCUGGAAAUCUCCCACUAUUACCCAAAUCCACAACCCCGAGCUUCCCCAUCAACUUGGCAAGGAGGGUAUGGGCUGGCCUGCUGAAUGGAAGGGUAUCUACGAUGUCGCUGCACGCCGCGAUUCACUACCCCUUCGAAAGUAUGCUGAGCCUAGUAACCUCUACUCAAUGCAAGGAAGUGUUGAUUCUGCGCCAGCUCAACCUGAACCCCAACCUGAAAAGCAAUACGGACCCCGAUAUGAGUCCGAGUCUAAGCCCCAGCCUGGACUCCAACUUGUGCAGCCAAACGGACCCCAAUGUACGUCCGAAUCUGAGCCGAAUUAUGACGACGGAUAUGUAUCCCUAUCCACGCACUCUUCCGGACCAAGAACACCUCCCUGGGCGAUUCCUUAUGGCCAAGAACCGAAGAAGAUUAAAUGGGGCCCCGUCAACUGGGAUCAAGCAGCUACAUUCGUCGAAUCAGCACCUGUGAGCCCUAGAACUGUCCGGUCUAGACCGGUUCUCUCUUUGGCGUGCGUGUAUAAUGAGGAGAGCUUGAGCAAGUUCAAACAUUUUGUUCCACGUGAGGGUAUAUUUGACUUGAAACCUGUUUCUGAUUCUGAAUCAGAUAGUGAGGAGGUGAGGAGGUCGAAGAGACGGAGUGAGGAUGAUGGAGAGGCGGUGACGAGGCCGGUUAAGAAGUACCGCACUGCCUAG